ACUAUGACCUUUUACUGUCUAAAAUGUCUUGUCUGUAUUAUAUACAGAUAGUAAUACAAGGUACUGGAGCAACUCACCUACUGUCAACUAGAGUAGCGUCAUCUGCUGCCCAGACAGAAGCUCUGUGGGAAUGACGUCGUAGUUUGAUGAUGUCAUCACUCUUGCAGGACACUUAAGGUUACUUUAUCAUGAUAUUCUCUUUGACUCACCCGUGCGUGCGCGCACACACACACACACACACACACACACGGAGCAGCAGGGUAGCUAGAAGUGGCCACUUUUACUUUUUGCCCCACCCUCUCUCUCUCCCUCCUUCUCCUUGGUAUCGAAGUGUAAAAGGAAAAUUUUCGCUCAGCGACCCUCAUUCGAAACUUCUGGGGUCUUUGAAUAGAAACUCUUCUACGGUCUCUACUGUACGACAGGAAGCCCACUGCAUCUUGAAGGAUGCCAGGAAACAUCCGAUCAGGCAGGUAUCUAAGAGCUUUGCAUGAAGGAAGCAGCAGGAAGGACUGUCAUUCUGGACAUAUCUUGCUGUUGUCUUCCUACUAACCCAUCCAUUUUCUCCAAACAGCGACUCCAUGUUAACUUUUCGUCUUCACUUAAUUUAAUUCUUGGUUUUUCAUGCUGUAUAUUUAAAAGUCCAGACUUACAAUGGGAUUUUUUCGAAGACUCAGAUAUAAUUCAGGCUGCAGACGUUCAUCCGUUCAUCAGUGUUUUGUUUUCAUGUUUGUUUCUUGAUCUUCCGCUGGUCUUUGCUUCCUCCUAGUGUGUGCUGUGUGGGCGAUGCUGGUCUGUCUGGUGCUCUGUGGGAAGCUGACCGCUGUGGAUGCAGCACCCCUCUGCACCAACGCCCAGGCUGGGUGCCACGUUCUGUCCCUGGCCAACCUGUUUGACCGGGUCAUCCAACACUCAGCCAGGAUGCAUGGCAUUUCCAAUGACCUGCACUCCGAGUUUGAGCUUUACUUCCUGCCCAGUAAGAAUCAGAUUGGCCGGGUCAGUCGGAACUGUCAUACGUCAUCCAUCCUCACCCCAAAUGGCAAAGAGAAUGCUCAGAGAAUGGCGAGAGAAGAACUGACGGAGGUGAUUUUAAAGCUCCUGGUGGCAUGGAGAGACCCUUUGUGGCAUUUCCACCAGAGCAUGGCUCACCACCAUGACUUCAAUAACUUCAGCUCCAACAAAUCUCUUGAAAUGAGUGACAUGGUGCAUGAGCUACGCAAAGGUGUCCAGAAAGUGGUUGAGAAGAUGCAGAUGUUGGGAAUAAUAAGUAACUCUGUCAGCAACCUGGCUUCUCCUGAGGCUUUGUUGGCGUCUGACAGUGCUGAGUGGCGCCUCAUGAAAGACUAUGAUCUUCUCUACUGCUUUCGCCGAGAUUCUAACAAGGUCCAGAACUACCUGAAGAUCCUUAAGUGUCGAAUUGUUCCGGAGCACGGAUGCUAAAGGCCCAACAGCAAUGGAGAUUGCGCUAAAUCUUCUGAAUUAUCAGCAUUAGAAUGGAAAUGUGAACUACACAGAUAAAGCUGUAGUUUUUGUUGUGUUUUCUAUAUACAGAGCAUCAGAUGUUACCUUAAACACACAUGUUCACUUCUAUCAUGACUGAAGUGCUACUGGAACCCAAAGACUGUGUCCAUCCUGCCUGUAAUUCCUGAUAUUAUAUAGUCCAUCCUUAGGAACAUUAAAUGAAGGCAGACAGGAUGGAUUUACAAUGACACAUGUCAUGAUA